GCGGGAGCGCGGAGCGGCAGCCGCAGGUGGGUGCCGGGGCCGGCCGGGGCAGCCCGGGCGUCCCCUCGGAGCCCUCCGGGCCGCCUCCGUCCCUCUGGCUCCGGAGAGGAGCAGGAGCCCGCCGGAGGGCCGGGGGCAGCGGCGGAGCCCGGCGGGGAGCGGCCGGGACGAGGAGCGGGCGGUGCCGGCAGCCGCGGGCAGCGGAGUUCCAGGACUUUUGCAUCGAAACUGGAGAUAUGAAGCACUGUGGCCUGUGAUAUUUCUGCUGUCUUCACCACUGGAGGAUGGCUGACAGACUCUGUGAAAAUGGUUCUGGUCAGUACCACUGCACCCACACCAGCCAGCCUCUUGACAUCAGCUACAUGUUGGUCCUGAUUAUAUUUGGAAAAGUCUUCCUUGAUUUCUUCAUGUUGCAAAUUAAGCCAAAACCUGUGAAAGUCAGUUUUAUGGGAUACUUCUGCAUUUCAGUGGCACUUCUUGAUUUUGCACUGCUGCUGAGUAUCUGUUUCAUUUUCUGUUUUGAGGACUUUGCACUGUGGGGCGUGCGAUUCACAGAGUACCACAUCUGCCUCUUCACUCAGAUCACUUCUCUGACCUACGGGAUUUUGCCUUACCCCGUGUAUUUUGUGGCUGCUCUGGAUUAUUACACCACCGUCCCCCAAACAUCCCGAUCCCCUAAAACAGGUCGGAAGUUACUUUAUGUAUUUGCUGUGGUGCUUAUAUGGAUUUCCAGGUUUUUUUGCACUCUCCAAGUUCCCGCUGUCUCUGAAGAGCUGGAAAUGCAGAACAGCGUUUCCCCUUCGCAGUGCCCUCUCUCUGGCAGCCUGCAGAGCUACUGGGUGUCGUGUGCCAUGGUGCUGCUGCUGGCCACGGCUCUCCUGGCUCGCUGGAAGGAGGUGACAACCAUGCUGCUGUCUGCCAGGCUCCUCUCCUUUUCCAGCCAGCCUGUGCUGCUGUUCCCCUACGUGCCUAACAACACCACUCGCUUCAAGUGGCAGCUCCUGAGCAGGCUCCUCCUGUGUUUCCUCGGCACUUGGGCGCCGUUUGUUGUUCUCCAGGUGGUGGUUCUGCUCCUGGGUGUGCAGAUCCCAGCCUAUGUGGAGAUGAACGUGCCCUGGCUGUACUUCAUCAACAGCUUUCUCCUGGCAGCAGCCUACUGGUGCCGGUGCCACCAAGUGGAGUUGACAGAGGAAGGGUGGUGCACAGACCCCUUUGUCAGCUGGAAAUUCUGCUUUAUGCCGUUCAACAAUGAAAGCACAGAGCCAGCUGAUAAGCCAGGCGCAGUAAUCGUCAACUGUUAACGAGCUGCCGAUGGAAAAGGCUGCAAAGAAAAACUCCGAUGUUGGCUGGCUGGGUCCUUACAGACAAUACAAGGAAACAUCUCCAGAGCUUCACUCCGUGGAAAGAAGUGCAGUGGCCAGCAAUACUUCAGUGGAUAUUGCACUGCGGUUCAGGACACCGAGUCCCAGUGGGCAGCAAGCACUGCCACGCCAGGGAAUUCAACUCCAAAUUACAGGUUUAAAAAACCACUGCUUAUAUAGGACAAGUUUUCAGUUAAACUUUGUGUUUCUGACUAGAAUUCUACAGUUCCUUUAACUGGAAUUAUCUCAGGUUUUACAGUACAAAAUGCAAUAAAGUCUUCAAGGCUGGAGUUACAUACAGAAGCUGACCUAAGUGUGAAAAACGAGGUUCAGUCUCCUGUUAAAUUUUAAAAGGUUUAAUAAAGACAAUAAGAGACAGAAAAUAAAGCAGAGUAACAGCUGGGUGCCUUGGUGCUCUGCCAAGAGCACACCUGGUGUCUUGGGAACACUCCUUUUAUACCAUUUUGCUGUAAUGGUUAAAUGCAUAUUCAAACUUUUCCAAGAACUAUUUUGCAUGGCUA